CCGCACACGGGGAGGGAGACGUCGAGGUGGAGGCAGUGGGAGCCGCUGCCGCCCAGAGAUGCGCCCGGGAGCUGAGGGGACGGCGGGGCGGCCAUGGGUGCUGCUGUGCGUGCCACAGGGUGCUGCUGUUCGUGCCGUAGUGUAGCGUAGGCCUCGGCAAGGUAAAGUAAAAGGAUAGUUCAGCUGAGAAUAUGAGCGCGGCGUCUGCCUCCAGCUGGUGCUUCCCGGAGUCUGAUGGUUGCUCUCUGCUCCCUGGCAUGCCAAGCAGUGAGCACCGUCCCACACCCCCCAUCGCGACACAGCCCGGCAAGGCGCCGGACACAGGAUGCCUUCAGGCGAGACUGUCCGGUGAUACAGGGCCUGUUGGUGAUACAGGACCUGCCAGUGGACAGCUGGCACCCUCCUCCGUAUGUGCUGCCUGUUCACUGCCAGCAAUGCUGACGCGGCGGCCACAGGACACACAGCACAGGCUGGAGGUGACCAUUCUGCACGAGUACCUGGGCCCCAGAGCGUACCAAGUCGACGCGUGGUGCACAGCCAAAGACAUCAAAGAGCUCAUCUUCAAAGACACUGGUUAUCCGACUGCUGAGCAAAGACUCUUUUUUGAGACGAAAGAGGUUCCAGAUUUCGUCGCAGUUUCUACUGUGGCCAAGGACAGGACGCCCACGUUGACCCUACAGGGCCGCGGCCUUCUUGGCGCAGGGAGGUUUGGGCAGUCAACCCCUCCUCUGGUGGACUUCCUCAAGGACAUUCUGCGCAGAUACCCAGAUGGUGGCCAGAUCCUAAAGGAACUGAUUCAGAAUUCCGAAGAUGCCGGAGCAACGGAGGUGAGGUUUCUGUUCGAUGAGAAAUCCUUCGGAACCGACUCUCUUCACUCGAGUGAAUUUGCAGCGUUUCAAGGGCCUGCCUUGUACGUGUUCAAUGAUGCCGUGUUCACGGACGACGACUGGAGGGGUAUCCAGGAAACUGCACGAAGCAGGAAGAAAGAUGAUCCCCUCAAAGUUGGGCGAUUUGGAAUUGGCUUCAACUCCGUCUACCACAUCACAGAUUUCCCCAGCAUCUUGAGCGGAGCCCAGCUCGGAAUGCUGGACCCACACGAACGCCUCUUUGGGCCCCACGAAUCUGGAAUGAGUUGGCAUCUCAAAUCCGACCAAAAAGAGAUCGCAAAAUUUCCAGACCACGUUAGCCCCUAUUGUGACAUUUUCGGUUGUUCCCUCGCCACGUUUAAUGCCGGAUAUUUCAAAGGCACCAUCUUUCGCUUCCCACUCCGGACGGCUCCCUCUCUUUUAAGCAGUACCAUCUACACUAAGGAGAAGGUUUUGGAAUUAUUCAACUCCUUUCAAGCAGACGCAGACACAGUUUUGCUCUUUUUAAAGAAUGUCCAAAUGAUAUCUGUACACUUGCGGACAGCGGACGGCAAUGAAAAGGCUUUGUUUAAAGUGAAGGCCACAGAGAGCCCAGAAAGCCGACGCUGGCGUCUGCAAGGCUUGAACGCCGCCUUUGGCCAAUAUUUGCACAAACGACAAACUCGGGCCGUAACGUCACUGUCAUACCCCCUCGUCAUUGGCGUAGAAGAGAGCACGCCCAGUGGGGUACGGCUUAGCGAAACGUCCUGGCUCGUGGCCAGCAGUAUUGCUGGAAGAGGCUUGUCCAAGGAGCUGGACAGCCUCUCCGAUGACCUCAAGUACCUCCCGAUGGUCGAGAUGGCAGUACUGACCGCCGGUGGGAGCGAGAGCGAUGAAGGCGCCGUUGCUGCUUUUGUCGGAAGAACGUUUUGCUUUCUCCCUCUGCCUCCUGGAGAAGAGAGCAAGACUGGGCUUCCAGUUCAUGUCAAUGGCUACUUUGGGUUGACAGAUAAUCGCAGAAGCAUUCGGUGGAGAGAAAUUGAUCAGUAUCGGGAUCCUGCGGCUUGGUGGAAUGAUCUCCUCGUCAAAAAUGUGGUACCCAAAGCGUACGCCACUUUGAUCUUGGAGGCAAUUAAGAAGGCGCAAGAGCAGGGCAAAGCCAAGCCCAUAGACCCAGAUAAAGUCUACAACGUCUGGCCAGACGUGGAGAAAAUGCAAGUUCAUUGGAAGCCCAUUUUAGAGCCCUUCUUCAGUGAGCUUUUUCAAAAGCCUGUGGUGCUUUCCAUGAGCGGAAAGUGGAUUAAGAUAACGGACGGGGUCUUCUUUGAAAGCGGCCAAAAAGGUGACUCGAUGCAAGCUGUUCUCGGCUAUUUAAAUCGCGCAGGCGUGCCGGUAGUCGUGGCUCCACCGAAUAUCUGUAGAGUGAUUGAGAAGUACAGUCCGGAUGCCCCCAUCCGUACCGUGAGCGCCGCACUGCUCCGGCACACGCUGCGCACGAGCAGGGUCACGGUGAGCGAUGACGACAGGCUGCCGCUGCUCGGCUACGUGCUGUCCGACGGCAACUACAGCGAUCUGCACGGCCUGACACUGGUGCCUCUGCAAGAUGGUUCUUUCGCGUCGUUUAUCCCCAGCCGGAAUGAGGAGCUGCCGAUCUACAUCCCGUCAGAAGAGCAUCCCCGGAAACUGUUCUAUGGAAUGGACGCCAGAUUUAUAUCGGACAAUCUCAGCGAGUUGACAAGACAAGCCCUCAUUAAGCUGGCUGAGAGCUCGAAGCAAGGAGAGUUGGUGUCACGGCUCCGGACAAUGACAUCGGACAAUGCGGUGACGCUCCUGACGGACAUCAUGGGGAGAAUGUUUCCUGGUAAAGAUCUCUCGGUGACGUGGUGUCCCGGAGAUAGCACCAAGAAGCACCCACCACACGUUUGGCUGACUGACGUGUGGCGGUACCUUUACCAUAAAUUUGCCCUCGACUUGAACGCAUUUGAAAAUCUGCCUUUAAUCCCACGUAAACCCAUUCGCGCUGAGGAUAGUUCCGUCACUCUGUUCCGCCUGGUCAAAAACUCGGUGCUCGUGCUGAGAGAGGAGAAAGAGGUGCGUCUGCCUGAGCUCGUCGCAGAAACCGUGGAGCAGGUGGGUGGGGUGGUCAUAGCCGAGUUGGAUCCGUGUCUCCAUCACCCGCUGCUCAAGGACUACCUCCUGUCCCCUUUGCCAGCCAUGAUCCUCCACGUGUUCGCUAGAGUGGGCGUGGAACAAGCGUGCCGCGUCCUGGAAACUACGACGCCUGACAGAAAGAUCGCUUUGCGACAGUUUUUGGCCGGAUUAAUGCACGUCACGGAGCAGGAGCAUCACGUGCUUGUUCGGUUGCCGAUAUUUAAGAAGCUGAGCCUCGCGGAGGCAAACGACAGUGAGUGCUUUACAAAAUUGGAUGGCGCAAAGGUGCUGCAUCACUCGGCCCGGCUGCCGGGCAACGUACCACUCUCGCAGUCGCUCGUGGAUUGCUGCGACGAAGCCACGAUGCGCAUAACCAGCAUGGUCCACGUGCCGCAGCUCACAACCACCCAGUGUCUUGGCUUCAUGUUUCAGGACAUUGAGAGUGGAUUUUAUGGAUUGCCUCAGGCUACAGACAUUAUGAUUUGGGUUCUUAGCAGUCUCGCGUAUCUAAGAGCAGAAAAGCCCGCUGUUAUCAGCGAGAUAGCCAGCCUUCACUUUCUCAGCGGGCCGAGCGGCGUUCUGCUACGUCCCUGUGAUCUGUUUGAUCCCGAGCAAGAAAGCCUUAAGAUGCUACUGGUUGGGCAGGAGGAGUUGUUUCCCUCCACACACUUCUCGUCGCCAGAUAUCCUCCAUGCACUGAGGCAAGUGGGAUUGAAGGGAGAGGAACAUUUGAGCGAAGGAGACCUCAUUCAGGUGGCUAGAAAGGUCGAAGAGCUGUGGGGAAAGGGCAGCUUAGACUAUGCUACCUUACUUAAAAAGACACAAAACCUGAUGCACAUAUUAAAAAAACGUAACCUAAAGAAUAUAAUGAAUUCAGAUGAAGCUGAAAAGGCAUUAAAAAUGCUUAAGUGGAUUCCAGCUUUGCGAUCGAGACCAAAUAAUUACCCAGCUUCCCUGUGCUGGAAGGGGGAGGCCGAGUGUUUCUACUCGCCCAACGAUGUCUGUGUCUCGCACCACGCCAGCGUGGUGGGGUCGUCGCUGCCCGUUGUGGAAGUCGAGUGCGAGCGUGUGGGAGAGUUCCUCGGAUUUUACCGCGAGCCCUCCGUAAAUCACGUCACCGAGCACUUAAAAACGGUCGUCGAUUGGUACUCGUCGACAUCGUUUUCAGAAGGAGAAGGGUAUCUGUUUCAGCACAUGUUGCUUGAAGUUUACAAGUACAUGCAAAAGCACCUGCAGACGGACGGAGAUGUAUUCCUGCGGCUUGACUUCCCCUGGGUUUGGACGAACACGUGUUUCUGCAUCCCAACGGAGGUGAGCCUCUCCCGCGCACAGGAGCUGGACUUGAAGCCGUAUUGCUACACACUUCCAAAGUCCCUCGGUAACUUCAAAGAUCUGUUUACAUUUUGUGGUUGCCUAUUGGAAAUCACGCCUGUUCAGAUCGUGGAUGUUUUAAAGAAAAUUAAAGAAAACAGUGAAAAACCGAAUGUGACCGACAUUGCCAAAACUGACCUUCAGCUUGCCCUGAAUAUUAUUCGAUGGCUUCACCAAAACCAUAUACAUGUAAGUGAAGACAUUCCAAUACCAAUACAGCAAACUUGCAAUGAUGCACUUGAAACACUUUGCAUGAAAGAGAUUCAUGGCUGCACCUACUGUGACAUCAAAGUGGAAGAUUUGCAGGAACUGUUGGACGACAGCAAUGAACCAAUUUAUCUGGCUCACGAAGACAUCUCAAUGAAAACUGCAGAGUGGCUGAACAUCCCUUGCCUCAGUACACGCCUCAUUGACCCAGAAAAUUUGGGCUUUGAACAGUCUGGACAGCAGGAGCCGCUCACCGUGAGGAUUCAGAACAUUCUGCAGGAGUACCCUACGGUGUCGGACACAUUCAAGGAGCUCACACAGAAUGCGGAUGAUGCAGGAGCAACAGAAUGCAGUUUCUUGGUUGAUUUACGAAAGAAUUUGGACAUAAAAGACAACCUGCUGGACUCGGGAAUGGCUGUUUGUCAUGGUCCAGCUCUAUGGGCAUUUAACAAUGCUAUCUUCACAGAUGAAGAUUUUACAAACAUCACGAAGUUAGGCCACUCCCUAAAAAAUGAGCAAAUUGAAAAGGUAGGGAAAUUUGGACUUGGGUUUAACUCGGUUUACCACAUCACUGAUAUACCGAUAUUUAUGAGCAGACAAUACAUGGUCAUGUUCGAUCCCAACAUCACUCAUCUUGGGAAGCACAUCCGAGACAAGUCCAAUCCCGGUAUCAAGGUGAACUGGGUAAAGCAACACAAAAGACUGCAGAAAUUCCCAAACCAGUUCAAGCCAUUUGUGAACGUGUUUAAUUGUGAGCUUCCUUUGCUCAGAAGUGCUCCGUAUGAAUACCAGGGCACGCUGUUCAGAUUAUCUUUCCGAACAGAGCAGGAGGCAGCCACAAGCCAGAUUAGCAACACCUACUACAGUCUGACGGAUGCCCUCUCAUUCAUUGACGAAUUUAGGAACAGCAGCUACAGGCUGAUUAUUUUCACACAAAAUGUAACAACGAUGCGAUUGAAAUUCAUCAAAGGCGAGUCAGAGGAUCCCAAGCAAGCCAGAGAUGUGGUUCUCUUGAACAAAAAGGUAUGCGCCUCAAAAGUAGGCUCCUGUACACAUAACAUCCUGUUAGAGUCUGCAAAAGUAAUGAAGGUGAUUCUGUCAGGCAAGCAGCAGGCAUUUCCCUUGCCCAAGUGCUCGAGUAUUAUCAGCAUCAAUAUCGAGGAGUCUGAAAUGCCAGACGGACAGAUCGCAGAUGUUCAACACAGAGUUGCAGCCAAUGAAAAUGCAUCUUAUUUUGAAAUAACAUCGCAAACAGGGGAAAGAGCAAACGGUGUUGUUGCCGCGCAGACAUCCGUGAAGAGAUCGCAUUGGCUCCUUCACUCGUGUUUUGUUGAUGGCGAAGCUCUUGAUUUUUGUCUAAAGGAAGAAGGAAAGAAACUGGGCUUGCUGCCCUGUGGUGGCAUUGCCGUUCCUUUAGAAGCAACAGUUGAUGGCUGCUGGAAAAUCCAGCAGAACGCAUCUCCUCUGGGUGAGGUUUUUUGUUACCUUCCAAUCAAAAUUAAAACGGGACUGCCGGUGCAUGUGAAUGGCUGCUUUGCAGUGUCUUCAAACCGCAAAGAAAUAUGGAAACUAGACUUGAAAGGUCAAUGGAAUACGCUGUUCAUGAGAAGUGUCAUUGUGAUGGCGUACAUAAACACGCUGAAUAUUUUACGCCGAAUGUCCAUAGAAGGAGAGUUGAUUGAUUACAUCUAUCAUGCCAUCUGGCCGGACCCUGGCACCGUCCACAAUGACUUCUCAGCCAUUUGCAGUGGCUUUUACAAAGCUUUGGUCUGUGGAAAACUGAGCUCGUCAGAGGUGUUUUUUGAUGGCAACAGUUGGUUCCCCUUGUGUAAUGCAAGGUUUCUGGACAACCGACUCCUUCAAAAACAAGUUGUAGGCCAAGCAGCCUUCAAAGUAUUUGCCAAGUACUUGCAAAAUUCCCAAACUGAGCCUGUGCAUGCAGUAAUGUUGCCAUCCUGGGUGGAAGCAGCAUUUGAAAAAGCCGAUUGCCUGCAAGCCAUUGCGAUGAGAACAUUCACGGAAAAUAAGUUCUUUAAAGAAAUCUUCAUUCCAAAUAUAAAGGAAAUCCAUCAGGAUUUGCGCGACCCGCUUGUGCUGCACGUGUUGGAUGAGCUCCUCGACACGUUCAAGGAAGUCUUGAGCAAGAUUCCUUGCAUCCCUUGCACUGCAAAAGAUCUGUGUCUUGCCAUCCCAUCCCAGCUCGUACACCCGCAGGGUAAGGCAUCUCGGUUGUUUGAUGAGGAAGACGGUAGGUUCCCCAGUGGUACCACUGCAGACUAUUUAGAACCCACGAGACUCCUGAAGCUCGAGUCCUUGGGAAUGGUCAAGGACCAUGUUUCUUGGCCAGAUCUGAUGGAGAGAGCCCAGUCUGUGCAGGGUCUGACUGCACAAUGUCCUGUCAAGGCCCGUCAGAGGGCAAGCAUCCUGCUGACUUUAAUGGGCGAGGCAUUGCAAAGAGGUGAUGGGGUUGACUGUGAAACGAUACAAAAACUUAGAGAGACGGCAUUUAUUCCAUGCCUCGUGAAGCCAGAUGUUGUUGGAUUGUCAUGGAAAGGCAGUGAGUUUUCACCCAAUACCCUGUUCAGUCCAAACCAACUCUUCUCAAUAGAACAGCAGAACUUGGUGUGUCUGCUUCAUCCAAUAGUAGAUGAAAGCAUUGAGAAGGGAUGCGGUUCAAUCUCUGCGGCUGUUAAGGAGCUUCUUGGGCUUCAAAAGAAGCCAUCUGUUCAAACCGUCAUUGCUCAAUUAAAAGCAGCUACCAAGAUACAAGUCAAUAUUACUUCUGAUCAUGAAGAUAUUUGUUACUCGUGUUACAGAUUCCUGAAUGAAAGUUUGGCUGCUCAAGAAAAUACAAAAUCGUUAGUUAUUGAAGAGUUGCGUCAACACAACAUUACUUUAGUAGAUAACUGCUUUGUGUCUCCUUCAAAAGUUGCAUUCAACUUGGACUUUUCAGCAUGCCCGUACUUAUUCCAGCUUCCAACAAAGCUGCGGAAGGAAUAUAGUGAACUUUUUAAAAUCAUCGGUGUCAAAGAUGAAUUUUCGGUGUCUGAUUUUACAAGUGUGCUGGAUGACCUAAAAAAGAAAUAUGGUCAAGAGAGUCUGGAGGAAGAAGAUUUUCAUCUCUGCAGACGGAUUGUCACGGAAGGAAUCUGGAGCCUUGUGAAAGAGCAAGACCAGAGUGUCUGUGCUCAUACCUGCAGUCACAUGUUUCUUCCAGACACAAAUAGACAGUUGAUUCCUGUCGACAACUUGUGCUACAAUGAUUGCCCCUGGAUAACCGUGAAAGACUCUGCAGUGAAAUAUUGCCACCAGGAAAUCCCGAGAGAAAUAGCCGUCAGACUCGGGGCCGUGCCGAAGCGUCACAAGGCACUAGAGAAGUAUGCCUCCAGUGUUGAUUUCUCCAAUUUGGGAAGCGAGUUUGGACAAAAAGAAAAACUAACCAGUCGAAUCAAGAGCAUUUUAAAUGCCUACCCCUCUGAAAAGGAGAUGCUGAAAGAACUUUUACAAAAUGCCGAUGACGCAAAAGCGUCCGAGAUUCACUUCAUUUGGGACCCAAGGGAGCACUCAAAAGAUCGGAUUUUUGAUGAGAAAUGGGGCAGCCUGCAGGGAGCCGCUCUAUGUGUGUACAACAACCAGCCCUUCACAGAAGACGAUAUUAAAGGCAUCCAGCACAUUGGGAAAGGCACAAAGGGAGGAAACCCCAGUAAGACGGGUCAGUAUGGAAUCGGUUUCAAUUCUGUGUAUCAUAUCACCGAUUGUCCAAUGCUGCUCUCCAACAAUGACACGUUGUGCAUAUUUGAUCCCCAUGCCAGGUUUGCACCGGGUGCCUCUUCGAUUAGCCCAGGGAGAAUGUUUAGAAACAUUGACGAAGAUUUUAAAGCCCAGUUCUCUGAUGUUCUCAAUCCCUUUUUGGGGGAUACUUUUCCGCACGAAAAUGCGACGAUGUUCCGUUUUCCAAUACGCAAUUUUGAUAUGGCCAGGAAAUCUGAAAUCAACCAAACCCCAACGUCAGACCGUAUGGUUCACAAUUUGUUGGACAAGAUAAGGGCCGAUGGGGCUGAGCUUUUGCUGUUUUUAAACCACAUCGAAAAAAUUUCCAUCUGUGAAAUUGAUAAAGUGACUGGUGCAACGGCAAGCUUAUAUUCUGUCGAAGUAAAGUUAACCGAAGAGGAACGCAAAAAACGAAAACAAUUCUACGCAAGUAUCCAUGACGCCAUCGGCAGGAGGCGGCAGCUGAGCCAGAUAUCGGUGCAGGUGGUGACGUAUUUGAUGGACAUUGCCGAUUCUGACGGAAACGCAACAUCGUGGAUGAUCUGUAACAGAAUUGGAUUUUCAGAUGUUGACAAAUUGUCACAAGACCUUCUUGCUGCACACCGGAAUGAGGACAUCUCCCUACUGCCCCGUGGAGGUGUUGCAGCCUGUAUAAGCCACAACUAUAAAAAGCCUCACCGGGCCUUCUGCUUUCUCCCACUGUCACUCGAGACUGGCCUCCCAGUGCAUGUCAAUGGACACUUUGCUCUCGAUUCCUCCAGGAGAAACCUGUGGAGGGAUGACAAUGGCAUUGGUGUCCGCAGCUAUUGGAACUCUGCCCUGAUGACCAAACUCAUAUCACCGGCGUAUGUUGAGCUCCUCCUUCAGUUGCGAGAACACUAUUUUAAAUCAAAUGCCUCUUUCAUCACAGUCUUGGCCAACAUUUCCCAUCACAAUCUGCAAGAUUUGGUGCAAAAAUACUUGUAUUUUUUCCCGCUCAGUAAAGUGGCGAUACAGCCUGACUGGCAUCGCUUGCUGACCUCGGUUUACAGAGCAAUACACGUCGACACGAAGCCGCUUUUGCCAGUUGUCAGGGAAUGCAAAUCCGAGAGUGCACGGCAAGGCACCGAGACGCACACAACUUACACGAUUACAUGGACGUCCACCUCCAGUCCCAUGAAGGAUAAGCCUUUUUUUGACAAUUUAUUGCAAGAUGAAUUGCAGGCGGCUCGGAAUAUCGAAUACAAUUUGACAAUCAGGAAAGCCAUCGCAGAAAACGUAUUUAAAUUAAAGGAGCUCCUACUGGAAAUAGGAUUCAACUUGGUGUUCAUGUCGGAUGAAAGCAGCUGUGUGUAUCACUGCUUCCGAGAAGCAGGCGUUCCGGUUCACUUUGUUACCCCGAAAGAUGUACGUGGAUUUCUCUUGACGUUUUCAACAAAAGAUACCAUUUGCCAGAUUGGGAAGCUGCCCUGUCAGUUGAGUCAGUCAAAAAUAAACAGUUUUCAGAACUUGAAAAUCCUUGUGGAUUACUGCCUUAAAGACGCAGAGGAAAAUGACAUCAUUCUCGAGGGCCUUCCCCUCUUGGUCACGCUCGAUGAUGUGUUGCAGGUGUUCGAUGGCAGAAAAUCGAAAUUUCUGUCAUCGUAUCAUGAGCUUGUGCCCUCACGUAAGGAUAUAUUCAUGCACACAAUGUAUUCUAAGUAUCAGGACAGGCUCUUAAACAGCGGAGUGGCCAAAACGUUUGACAUUGACAGCUUUGCGGAGCUACUCCCUGCGGUGCUGGCGCGUGAAUACCGCAGCAGGAGCCCGGUGAAAUGGAAAGAUACAUUCGCGAGCGAAGCGUGGCUUCGGCGAUGCUGGCAAUUCAUUGCGUCUUUGGUGUCAAAAGAUGCAGACACAGCAGAUGGAAACACGGUGUUCGACAAGGCCAUUGCCACGCUCAAAGAGUGGACGUUACUUCCCGCUGUUACGUUUACAAUCUCGAGUGUGGGAACUUUGGUACAAAAAGACAAUAUUUUGGUGCCAUUGAAUCUGAUUCACGCUGUGAUAUUUCCUCACAGCCACAACGAUCGCCUCUUUUCAGCACUCAUGAAGGCUGGUUCUCUGCAGCUUAUGCUGCCAAAAAUUGCAUCCCAUGAUAACCAUCUGACACUGAUUUUUUCAAAAUAUACGGCAAACAUCGAGAACCCUUCCAGCAUAUUAAACUUACUUAGUUAUAUGCUGAAGACCUCUGGCUUCCAAAACAACCUAGAGGAACACGACCAUGAAACCCUUCUUAUGUACUUCAAUAGAAACAUAAAGAAAGUCACAAAUCCAGAUGACCUGCAGGUGUUGCGAAUGUUGCCUUGUUAUAAGACCAUAGAUGGCAAUUUUGUUAAUUUGCACAAAUACAGGUCAUGCUACGUGCUGACCAAAACAAUUCCCUCGGCCGAGAUGGAUGUAUGGACCAAAUCGACCGCUGCCAUAUUCAUUCAAGAUAAUCCCCAGUUACAAGAGUUGUUUACGUACUUGGGAUUCACACAGGUUGACGACUUGGACGUCUAUGUGAAAUACAUUCUUCCCAAGUUCGAUAGCCUUACUUUUAAAGCAAAGCUGCGGCAUGUGAUUUACCUGAAAAAACGUAUCAAGUCAUUGGAAGAAAAUAAAGCGUUGCAAGAGAAGAUAUGUUCCAAACUCGAGGGCCUGGCUUUCAUCCCAGACACCGAUGGCCGUCUCAGGCCAGCAAAGCACUUCUUUGACAAAAAAACAAAGAUAUACGAUGUCAUGCUACCAGAACGGUCAUUCAUUCCUGAUGAGUUCUUCACUACAUUGGAAGAAUUGGAAAGCCCCACCAACCAACAAGUCUAUCAGUUAUCAUGGCAUAAGUUCCUGAAACAAAUUGGACUCAAACACGAAUUGUCUCAGCAGCAGCUGAUAUUUUUUUCCCGCGACAUUUCAAAUCGAUCUCAAACAGAGCAGUGGUCGUUUGAGAAACUCAAGAAGACAGUGGACACCUUUUUAGAUCACAUUUUCACUGAACGUGAUGAUCUUUUUAACGGGAGUUUCUUAAGAGACUUGUCGAUAAUCGCUUUCAUGUAUCCAGAGAGAGCACCGCCUGACUUGCUGAAACUUCACCCGCAGUUCCAGGAAACCAAGGGCACGUUGCCCCUCAUUCGCUUUAGCCACUCCCAGGUGAAUCCCAAGAUGAAGGGGCUGGAUUCCAUGCAGUUACUGUGGAGUGCCUCGCCCUUGCUCCCCGAGAAGGCUUGCCCCACCUCCAUUAGGGAGCAGAAGCAAUGCAAUGCGGAGAAAGGGCCGAAACAACUGGAAGAGCUUUUCACUACGUUGAAUGUAAGCCUAUUUCCACCCAUUGAAAAAGUAAUCGUCCACUGCAAAAACAUCUGCUCUGUUGCACCUGUGGAUGAAUUCACACUCAGGACGAGAGCUGCCGUUUUAAAAAGUAUUUACGGAUUUUUGAACUCUCAGAAAGUGGAUUUUCGCCAUCAGCUGAGAGGUGUUCCUCUCGUUUUAGUGGAUGAAGGGAGAAAAUUAGUAAAACCGGACGAGGUUGUAAUAAACCUAGAGAAUGAAGCGGACUUUAAGCCAUAUCUCCACAAACUUCCCUUGGAGCUCGGGGCCUUCCACCAUCAUUUUAAGUGUCUUGGAACAGAGGAUAACGUUUCUGUGCGGCAGUAUGUGGAUGUUCUGUCGCGUAUUUUCGUCAAGUCGAAUGGGAAGCACUUGGAACCAAAUGAGAUGCGCACAGUAAAACGAGUUGUUUCGGGCCUCUUUAAGAAUUUGCAGACGGACAGCGUGCGAAUACGCACGGAGCUUGAAAACAUCCGUGACCUAAUGCUCUUCCUGCCCAGCGCGGAUGGGAAACUGGUGAAGAGUGGCAGCUUAGUCUUUGACGAUGCCCCCCAUUAUAAGAGCCGCAUAUUCGGUAGCAACAUGGGAGUGCCGUUGCUGGUGGAUCUUGGGCAGUGCUACCUCGGGAAAGAUCACUCUGUGCACACGAAGAUCGUCAUGCUGCUCCCACUGAAACUCAGGCCGAGGCUCCUGAGUAGCAUUCUGGAAGAGCACUUGGAUGAAGAUGACCCAAAGCCUUGCCACUAUGGCAAGCUGUGCUCGCUGCAGGGACGAUUGCAGCUGCUACUCUCCUCGGAGCAGUUCACAGCGGGACUGGUCAGGGUCAUGAAACACGAGAGUGAAAAUGCCUUCUUAGCAAACGAAGAAAGGGCACUGAUGCUGUGCAAGGCCUUAAAUGUGAGUCUAAGGGUAUCCUGCUUUGAGAAACUGCAGACAACUCUUCGUCUGAAAGAGAACGAGAUGAUCCCAAAAAGUAAAUGUGAAACACUGGCUUUUUUGAAAAAAACUAGCACCUCUUCAAUCCAUCUUUACGUUCAACAUUCUGACUUUAAGGACAUCAACUUCCUUCUCGCUUUGGCUAUGACCAUUAAGUCAUCAGCAGACAAUCUCAUAUCCGAUACUUCAUAUUUGAUUGCAAUGCUUGGAUGUAUUGAUAUUUACCGGAUAGCUGAUAAACUUGAUAGCCUCGGUGUUAAAUAUGAUAUAACUACUGAGCCAUCAAAGAUGGAGCUACCUCUUCCAGGAACUCCAAUACCCAGAGAAAUCCACCACCUUCUGCUUAUGGAUCCCACGAAUGUGUUUUAUCCAGGAGAGUAUGUUGGCUACCUCGUUGACCCAGAAGGUAAAGAAAGUUCAUUCUCAUAUCAGGCAACAUACACGUAUGCCGUCAUCAUUCAAGAGGUGGAUGUAAGCCAAGAGGAUGAUUCUUUACUUACAAAGUCUUAUCAGAUCGAUAUUGGGUAUAAUGAGUAUAAAGUUGUCAAUUCUUUGGAUCUGUACAAAUUCCUACGUCAUGGAGAAGGCAUGCAAGACAGGGAGGAGAGUAUGUUCAAAGAGAAAUUGGGUAGUCACCGAAGGAUGCCGGAUGACACAAAACCGGAGGGCACAAAGAGGCAUUCGCCCAAAGCGCAAGUACCCGACACAGAAAAGCCCAUUUCCAUCACUGACGUUUUAUCAGACAUCACCUUGGUGUUAGAGCAGGCGUGGAAAGGUCCUGAAGCAGAACGUAAAAAGGUUAUUCGUAGGCUUUAUCUAAAAUGGCAUCCGGACAAAAAUGCAGACCAUUUAGAAAUCGCGAACGAGGUGUUUAAACACUUGCAGACUGAGAUUAGAAGGCUGGAAACUGGAGCAAUGGAGUCUAAUAAAGAUAAGUCUCAGAGACGUCCGUUUGGCUCCGCGCGAUUUUAUGCAGAUAGUUUUUCCUUUGAGAAGUUUUUCAAAUCCUGGAAUCAGGAAGCAACGAGCCAUUCGCAGGAGAAGCAGGGCUACCGCGAGAAGUUCUCUGCUUCUGCCCAGAGUGGGAGUCAGUCUGAUCGGGCGUUUGUUCCACCAACGUCCAAGGUGGCAGGGAAUCCCGUGGAAGCACUGAGAUGGAUAAGGCAAGCCAGGGCUAAUCUCUCUGCAGCAAGGAACGAUUUGCAUCGAAAUGCAAACGAGUGGCUCUGCUUUAAGUGUUACCAGGCUGUGAAGCUUGCGCUUAUUGCUGUCGAGUACUGUGUCAGAGGACAUGCGGACAAAGAUGUCCACUUGCAACAUCUGGCUCAGAAAGCGGAGGAGCAAAGCACAUUGUUGUUGGGGCUAGCGAACGAUGUGCUCACACUGGAGAUGUUCGGCAUAGACGGCUUGAAAACACAGUAUCCAGAUGUCCUUCCGUUUCCUCAAGUACCAAACGAUCGAUUCCCAACGGAUGUUUCCCUCAAAGUGAUUGAGAUCACCGGCAGGAUUAUUAUCAGGAUUGAAAAUUUUAUUAGACAAAAAAUCUAAAUGUGUUUUAAAUUGUUUCGACUGUGUGCUAUAUGUUAUUUAUUUUCCUGAAUUCAUCUAAAAAUGUAUCAGAGAUUGUUUGUAAAUUGUCGCGUAAGUUGCAUACCUGCGAUUAUGAAUUUUUAGUGUUGGGGUUUGUAUUUUAUUUGGCACAUAUAGUAUUAUUACCACGUGUUGUGUAAUGCAUUCCUUGCAAGUGCAUUGGGUUUCGCCGCACACAAACUGAAUAUAUAUGGUCACUGUAUACACGUGUCGUGAAUGUCAAGCACAAUGAUGUUGGGGCAUCCAUUGUUUCUACACGAUUGGGCAAAGCAGGUAAACACAUCCAUGAAUGAGGAGCUGCUGUGCCUUAUCAAUAGAAUCACCUGGAUCGUAUUUACUAAUCAGCUAUCACCACUCCCAGUUUACUGAAAGAUUACCUGUGCAUCCACUCGGAUAUGUUAAAGUGUAAAUUAAUUCUGUAAAUAUGGAAUAUAAAUUUGACAUGCAUGUAUUUUUGUACGUACAUGAGAAUUCUAGUUUGUUUUGGUUUACAACAAUGCCUUGUUAAAAGAAAUCAACUUCGACCGUGAACCCUUCCCCCUGGUGACUUUGGCAUAGAACUCUCCUUGCCCUGGCGGGAAUGGAACAUCCCAGCGACAAUUUAAAAGGGGAAGGAGAGGGGGGAGUACGAGGAGGGAAUGUGUCGCCCGUUCUUGCAGAACCCAGUAUGAAUAGCCCGAAAAAUGGGGGCACGUGGUAACCACUGCUCCCGGGAGAAAACAUGACAAAACUUGGACAUGGCGUUUGUUGUUUUAUUUCUGGUUUUGUUUCGUUACAUUAUUGCCUCCCCUUUUGUUCAAUGCCCCCCCCCCCCCCCCACCUUAAAUGCACUGCUCCCGAUCCUUACCCUGACCGCGGAUGGGCAGCGCCCUCGAUCGAUCCUAACUUUUGAGGGUGUAUUAUGUCAAAUUUGUUCCACGUUAUCUGCUGUUUUUGUCCCCUCUUUUUGAAAUCCACGUUGUGUUCUGGGUUUUUUAAUGACAAGAACAAAUGUAUUAACAAAAAUCUACGUUGGAACGGAUUUCCCUCAUAGCAGCAGCAACCUGUGUUAAAUGAGGCAUCACUUAAAACACAUUUUAAAUUGUGAGCGUGAAUUCAAACCUUCCUAUUGUUUUCCUUCCUUGCGGACGGAAACUGGCCUUCGCCGGUGACUAAUGUUUUUGUAACGUAAUAUUUUCGUCUAAUUUUAUGUAAAUCAUUUAAAUUCUACAAAAAACAUUUUCGAACAGUCUGUAGUAAAUCAAAGCCAAGUUAUUUUUUUAUCAGCUUUGCAGUGCAGUAAUUGAGGGUCCAUGCCAAGUGGGAGCCCUGGGGGUCUGUGCCCCCACUUCUGACCCUGAUUUUGGGGUGCAGGGAACCACACCACUCAUCUCCCCUACCUUGCCAUGUCCUCUUGGUUAGAUCCACCGAAGUAGAAAAGCCUUCAAUCCAUUCGCCUUCUUAGCC